AUGUUGGUCUCGCCUCAUCCUUCUCUCCCUCAUCAUUCUCUGGAUGCUGUCCUUCCUGCACUCACCGCACGGACCAUUCGAGUGUCAUCGCCUGUUCCGGGUCUCAAUGAGGCUCAGGAAGAUUUUGAAGAAGAUGAAGACCAGCAGCCAACUGCCUCUUCAUCAAGAGCAUCUUCUUUACCUGCUUGUCGAACCGAACGUAGGUAUAAAUGUCUUCAUCCAGGAUGCGACAAAGCGUAUUUCAAGCCUUCAAGGUUGGCAGAACACGAACUUUCUCAUUCUGGCGAGAGACCUCACAAGUGCCCUGAAUGCGCUCAAAGCUACCUUCGAGCAUCACACCUUACUGCCCACAUGCGAACGCACCUGCCUGCCGAAGCCCGGUCUUUCACAUGUCAGAAGGAAGGAUGUGGGAAAUCUUUCUGGACAGCCACACAUUUGAAAAGGCACGAGGAGAUGCAUGAAAGAGCAGAGGUCUAUCCUUGCAAUCAAUGCGAUCUAUUAUUUCCUAAAGCCCACUCUCUACGGGAACACGUAGCUCUCUCACACAUGCCAGAAGGUACCAAACCCUUCCCAUGCCCACACGAAGGCUGUGAAGUGAGCUUCAAGCUCAAAGCACACCUGAAAGCUCAUGAAAAGACUCAUGAUGUCAAUCGAUAUACUUGUUCCCACUUGUCUCAUGGAACCGAAUUUCCCUCAUUCCCCGUCUGGUCAGCGUUACAAAACCACAUGCACGCAGCACAUCCACCAAUAUGUCCACAUUUGGAAUGCAAUGGACGGGUAUUCAAGAAUGCCCAACGACUCAAAGACCAUCUCAAAGUACAUGCCGAACAAGCCUUGGAUAAAGCUGCCCUGGAGGUCACAAAUCCUGAAGGACAAGUCCCGGCUCUUAUCACCGAAGGUCUUAGUCGAAGAACCAGAAAAAGGAGGAUAAGUCAGCUAGGUACAGAAGAUGGGGGACAGAGUCCUAAGUUAGUGAGAGUGAUGAGCGGUGAAGCUGGCAAAGAUUGGUGGUGUGAUGAAAACGAUUGUGAAAAGAGGUUCAAGACUAAAUUUGCUCUUGAAGCACACCGAAAAGCUGUUCAUCUUGCCCUUCGACCACACAUUUGCCCCAUAGAAGGGUGUGAAAAAUCGUAUCCACAUAAAGUGAAUCUUACUAGACACCUGGCUACUCAUUCAAGACCGUCCACGCCAUCAGGUAGAGAACGAGAUGAAGGAGAUGUAUUGGUUGGAAAAGUCAAAGAAUUACGAAGAUUCGGUUGUCCAGCUCAUUCGUUCGACAAAUUCGCUGGACUACCAGCCACACAAGUCAACAUGAUUGAUGUUCAACCUCACUCUGAUGUGGAAGAUCACGAAGAUGACUUUGUUCCAGAAGAAGAUCGAUGUUUGAUGAGGUUCUGGAGGGUGUAUGAUGUCAGAAGGCAUUUGACAUCUGAUCAUGAUAUCGAAUUGGAUGAUAUGGAAGUCAGGAGGCUAUUAUUGUGCGAUGGACAAACGGGGGAAUAG